CAGAUUUUGAUUAAACAACCAAGUCUUUGAUCACAGCCUCAUUCUCAUCAAAUCCUUGUGGAGUCAACAUCGAUUCAGACUUGGACAAGAUGAGGAUUCUAGCGUUUGCUUUGUUGGUCACAUUGACUUAUGCAACUCCACGACCUUGCAAUACAGGGCGCGAACUCUACUAUUCUUAUGUUUCUGAGGCAUUACAAGGCAUUCCUGGUACAUCACCUUUUCAACCAGGUGUAAGGAUGGAGAUGAACUUGCGUGUGAGGACACUGGAUGGGUCUAACGUGAUGGAAUUGAAGGUUACAGACUGUAGCAGCUUUGCAAUACCAACAAUGACUGUUCAACCUUCAACAAAACUGUGUGAAGCGCUGAAGAUGUAUCCAUUGCUAUUUGAAAGGAAAAAUGGUCAAAUCUAUGCUUUACAUCCUCAUGAAGAGGAGCCUGAUUAUAUUCUCAAUGUAAAACGAGGUAUUCUCAGUGCUGGGCAAGCUACCACUAAGGGUUGGGAUGACAUCGAAACAGUUGAAGAGGUUGAUGUUCUGGGCGAUUGUUGGACUGAUGUCAGAGAGUAUCACACAGGAAGUGAAACAUAUGUAUUGAAGAGUCGAGAUACAACCAAAUGUCAACGAUGUACCUACUUGAACAGGCCUUCACUCAUAUUUACUCCCACCAUAGACCAGGAAGCAAAGUUCGCUGUUGGUCGAAUGACAGCUGAAUACAAAUUUUUAAAUGAUGAAGACUACUUUACUUAUGCGAAUGUGACUCAAUAUGAGGAAUUGGCUCCACUCAGCAAGGAGGCUGGGCGCAUCACCAGCACUCUUAGACAAACGCUUGUGUUACUGAAGACAGCUGAUCUCGAGUGCGAGCAGAAAUUUACAACCUCUGGCCGUUUGUUUGACUUGAGAUUUGACUGUCAAGCCAAGUUUCCAGAUCGUGAUACUGUAUCUCGAUAUGAAAAAGCAAGGACAAUCAUCGAGAGUUUGCCUGAUGUUCAACCUCACGCUGUUCCUCUUGUAUUCAUGAAAGUAAUUGACUACAUGCGCCAGCUGAACAGAGAUGAACUUUUGAACCUGAGAAAUGAGUACUAUAAACCAGAAGCACAAGAAAAGAUGAAAAAAUACCAGCGUGAUAUUAAGGAAAUGAAAUUUUUGUUUCAGAAGAAUAUACAUUUGAAGCAUGAGUUCUUUUUGGAUGCUCUGAUGUUUGUUCAAACUGAUCCAGCAGUGGAAAUGAUUGUUGAGUUAACUAAAGACUUCCAACUUAUUAAGUCUCGAAGGUUGGAGCUCACUCUUAGCUUGGCUGCUACACAUCUGGAGUAUGUUGAUCCAUGUAAUCUACUUCUAUAUACUACGAAACUGGUCACCAACAAUAGAGAAAAUGAGACUAUGAUACUUGUCUUGGGUACAGUUCUUGGUCGAGUCUACCAUAGUGAAAUGGACAAAUGCAGACUUGAAGUCAAGAAAGCAACAGAUCUUCUGCUCAAUACGAUGAGGGAGUCCAUUGCUGAGCUUCCUGUUGAAUUUGAUCUUUCUGACCUUCAGAACAAGACAUACAGAAAGCCAUACAAACUGGCUAUACAUGCCAUUAAAGCUCUCAAGAAUGCAAGAAUUCCAACUGCAAUUACUGAACUCAAGAAAGCUGUUACCAAUAUGAAACUACUUGUAGAAGGUCGAAUCCAAGCUCUUUAUGCAUUGAAGGAAACCUCUAUAAGAGCACCUGAGUUGGUUCGAUGGUAUGCGUUUGACUUGUAUAUGAAUACAUCUGAGGAUGAAGAGCUUCGUAUUGCAGCCUUCAAUACAUUUAUACACACUAUCAACAGUCGCUACACUGUCCCUCGUGAUCUAAUGAUGAAGUUUAGGAAUUCCAUGUUGACUGAAAAGAGUGAAAAUAUCAAGAGCUAUGUUUGCAGCUAUGCACAGAGCUUGAUCCACGCUCGAGAUACGUCACUUCGAAAACGUCGUGAGGCUGUAUACUAUCUUUGGAAAUCAGCUGAUGUGUUUCCCAUUUGUGAAUCUGCUGACAUGAGUUACUCACAGUCGAAGUCCAUUCGUGGCUAUGCCUCUCUUGCUGACCUUCCAAUGACUCGUCCUCUACCUCGCGAUGUGAUGGGAGCUGGUGUGACAAUUACAUCAGUUUAUAAGGAUUCCAGCUACAUUCCACGUGCUUCUUCAAUGAAGGUGAAAGCCAGCAUGUUUGGUUAUGAAUUUGAUGUAUUUGAGACUGGUUUCCGUGCGUCUGGUAUUGAGGAACUGAUUCGCCAUGUAUUUGGCCCCACUGGCUACAUUUUGAGAGGCACACGCAAGAGCAAUAUCAGUGGCCUUGCAAGACAUGAUGACUUUGAUUAUGACAGACCAAGACACAAUGUAUCUGCAGCUGGUUACCUGAAAUUUCUUGGACAGGAGUUGCUAUGGGAACAGAUUGAGGAAGAUGAGAUCAUGGAACACUUGUACAAUGAUGCUGACAUUACCAAACUACGCAGUCUUAUCACUGAAGCCAUGUUUGAAAAACUCACUUAUAGUUCAUUUAUUUCCAAAUCAAUGGAGUUUAUUCAACAUUGGAGGAAGGGUUACAUUUAUGACUACUUGAAUAAGGGAGAAGUGUCUUUGUGGAACGAAACUUUCAACUUUACCAAGGCUGCAUCGUUGUUGGAUAUUAAGACUGUCAUUCCAACAAUUCUUGGUAUGCCGCUGUAUCUGGAUAGCAAAGCAACUGGAUACUUGCAGCUCGAUGCAGGAAGUAUUGUCACCUAUAAAACUGAGCAUCCAAUUUAUGAUUCUCUUCCCACGUGGAUCCAGAAAUUGUUCGGUUACGAGGAGGAAAAGAUGGUCAACAUAUAUGGAGAAAUUACACCAAAGUUCUCUGUUGCAAUGGAUGUUGAAUUUGUACUGGAUGCAUAUGAUUAUCAGCCAAAGCUUGGUUUCUUUGCUAACGCAACAUCCAACUUCACACAACGUAUAGAAGCCAAAGCAUUUACUAACUAUACUACAAGCAUUGAGAUUCUUGAAACACCCCACGAAUUAUGGCUUCUAAAUUCCAGCUACACACCAUUUGCUGAAGUGGAUGGUCAGUGGUAUAUACUUGGUGUUGAAACAAGAAACAACACUCAGAUCUAUGAACCUAUUGGUGCUGACUUUGUAGGCAUUGAUGUUUUCUCUAAUAUCAGUUACCCCAACACUAGCAUGCUUCCAAUGGCUCCCCUGUUUCCUCUCUCUGGACCAGCCAAUUUCACAGUUAUUUUGAUGAACUUUAACCAGACAGUAAGGAAGCUCAAUUUUACAGUGUGGAAUGAGACAGAAAUGAGUUGGGCCAGCGGUCAAAUUAACACAAGUUUGACAGGAGUCGGAUCUAACAAGUGGAUCAAUUCAUCACUGUGGUGGAAUGAUUCAUCACUGGGCUGGAUGCUUGGUUUUGAUAAGUUGAUGGAGUUUGCUGCUCUUGGUUCUGAUAAAUGGACAAGUAUGUUCAACUGGUCAUUGUCCAGUCUUCCAGUCAAUGCCAGCAGUUCGUUCAAUAUCACUUCUGAAGUCUUCUACCCAUCUGCCUUUGAAGGCAAACUUUCCAUCAACACAACCUUUUCAAACUUAACUGGCAUUUCCAAAUUCAAUCGUACAUACUUCUAUGCCACUGCCAUGCACAGGCGAUAUAAUGACACAAUGAGUGCUCUCAUCAGGUUGCCAGAGUUUGAAAUCUUUACCAAUGGCUCUCUCAAGCAGAAGAAGUUUUGGAAGCUAUUUGCUAAAGGUUACGUUGAAGGAAGUCAGGAGCAUUUUGUUUUUGUCAAUGGCACUAUAGACGGAUUGAAAGUCAAUGCUACCAUCGAGUCCAGUUUGUUUAGAAUCCCAGAAAUGAGGUUUUUGAAUCUUGAUAAGAUCUAUGGAAGCGUCAACCUUUCAUUCCCAAUUUUCAAUCCUGUGUGUCAAGUUUUCAAGAACCACUUUAUCACAUUUGAUGGCUUGAAGUACACAUACAAUCUCAGUCCAUCUUGUGAGUAUGUAUUGGCGCGGCACAGGCAUCUCAAUGACACAUUUGCCAUCACCAUUCAUGAUACUGUUGUUAAAGUUUACAUCAAUGGCAACGUAUAUGAACUUACACCUGACAGCACUCAGUUGAAGGUAGACGGUGUCUGGAAAUCUCUCCCAUAUACUCUCCAGCAUGUAGUAGACGUACGUACAGUGACACACGGCACACAACGCUAUGUCUAUUUUAAUGCAUUUGCUGGACUUGAUGUAUACUACAACAGAGGUGACUUUGUUAUCUCAAUUGAUCGAUUGUACAGCAACCAGGUAGCUGGACUUUGUGGCAAUGCCAACUCUACUGGAACAUACGAUGAUGAAAUGAGAACACCGUCUUGGAAGUUGGCUCCUUCUCUUGAGGCAUUUACUCAAAGCUGGAUUGUACCAAAAAGUCAGUGCACAAAAGAACCCGCACUAGUGAGAACCCCAGUCACCAUAACACCAACUGUCAUGCCAGACACACUUCAGUUUUGUACCAAGUUGUUCAAUGAAGUUCUAGCUGAUGGCUAUCAUGUCGUCAAUAUUACACCAUUUUAUGAUGCUUGUGUUCAUGAGAAGUCGUUGGGACGUGAGGUUAAGCCAGUCGUGAAGGCCUAUGUCCUGGCUGCCAAGAUGGAAACUGUCUCCAUUUAUGGUUGUAAGUAUGACCUCUGGAGCAACUGGAGUGAGUGCAAAGGCAACGAACAGUUCAGAACACGAACGGUUUCUUACAGCUAUCUGCAAAACGCAUGUCUGGAUCAAAGAGAAGCCAGAAUCUGUGAUAAUGAGUUCGACAUCCAUCCAGAGUGCUCAAUCUUGCAGAAACGUUGGAAACAUAAGUUUCAAGACAAAGUCUGCAGAUCAGAGAUGAAAUUCCCUGCUUGCAGUGGCAACUGUGAAACUGUGUAUUCAUCUGAAAGAGAGGAUGUCACCGUACGCUGUGCUACCAGUGACAUGUUGACUGAUGAUCUUCUGAAGAAUGGUGAACCCAAAACUCUUUCUCUGAGCAGAGUGGUGGGCUGCCACAAACUUGAGUAGACUGCGCAUGUUGUCAGACAUUGAUUUGUUUGUUUGUCUGCCUUGGUGUUUGUUUGUCAGUUUGAAGAACACAUGAGUGUUAGCAUGAAAA